AGUUGACACCCGUGGUAUAAAAACUAUCUUUGGCCCAGUGUUUCGGUAUUUUGAACAUAACGGUUGCUGAGCAGAACUUAAACUAAGCAUGAACGGAUUAAUUAUUGUUGUAGCCUUAGUUGGCUGUGCAUAUGCUCAGUUGGAGUCCCCUAUGGCUUUGGCCAUGUUAAGUGGUGGUAUGCGAGGUGGUGCCGGUGCCGGUGGUGCCACCGGAGGCAUAGACCCACUUAGUCUCGCCGUCCUUGGUGGAAACGGCAACAACAAAAUGUUGCAGAUGAUGACUCUUAUGAAUCUGAUGAAGAAAUCACCAACAACUCCUGCUGCUGAAGCCAACAACGUCAUUGCUCAACCUAAAGCUACUCAGGACAAUACUGCCGUAAACCCAAUGAUGAAUUCUUUGAUGACCCUAACUCUUUGUAAAAUCAGCGAAACCGCCGGAGACCAGAGGUUCUGUACCCCUUUCACCUGCAAACUUGAAUCCCUCCGACGUUACGCCAACCCUAACCUUCUGCAGUGCCAGCAGAUGAUGGGGUGUUGCUUUAAGGAUAUGCGAUCUAUGUACAUUGCCAACAUGAUGAAAGGAUUAUAAAGUUACAGCCAUGGUAGAAAAAGUCAUCAUUUUCCCCAUUUCUCCAUCUUUUUCACAACAGCCUGUUUCCCGGUGUUGUCAUGGCAUGACUUUAAAAGACUGAACAAAACCGACGAUUGCAUAAGGGCUUUCGUUUUUCAUCAUGUCUUCAAAAGACGUUUAUCGUAAUUUAUUACCAAAUAUAAUGGUUGUUUUUGUUAAUAAAAAAUCCAAUCAAAA